UGACUGCAAUACAUGAUGCACUGGAGCAUGUGGUAGUUGAGAACUUUGUAAUGGACUUCGAACAAGCUGCGUGGUUAGCCGUCAGACAGGUUUUUUCCAGGUGCUUCCAUUAAGGGGUGCGUCUUUCAUUUUACACAGGCCAUCUGGAGGAAAGUCAUUGACCUAGGAAUGAAGCCAGCAUACCUACAGAGAGACUCAGUCCAUCAGUAUAUCAGACAGAUAAUGGCCUUACCAUUCCUGCCAUCAGCCCACAUAGAGCAAGCGUCUGAGGAGUUAGCGGGACGUGCCAACUCAGAUCAACUUGUGGGCUUGGUAACAUACGUAGAGAAGCAAUGGAUGAACCACGCUAUCUUCGACAUUCAGUCCUGGUCUGUCUUUGGUCUCACAGUCAGAACCAACAAUGACUGCGAAGGUUGGCACAACAAACUAAACCUGAAGGCUGGGAACCAGACCCUGACGUUAUAUCGUUUGAUACCAGCACUUCGUAGUGAGGCGGAGAGGGUGUCUUAUGAACUACACCUGCUCAGAGAUGGUGUUUCCACUCGUAGAGUUCGUCAGCGCUAUGCAAACAUUGAAACCAAGAUUAGGGAGUUGUGGGACAUGUACAAGGCAGACCAGAUAAGCACAAGUAAGCUCUUGCAGGACUGUGCCAAUCCCACCCUCGCCCUGCGACUGGCCAAGCCGCAGGGCAAAAGACCUCAACCUCUGGAACAGGGAAGAACAAAAACUGUGAACAGAAAUCCAGCAACUGCUAAGAAAAGCCAUCUUGAUAACUUUGUUAGUCAAUGUGUCUUUGGCCUGCUGAAGGGCGAUAAAACCUCAGCAAGAUCUCGUGGCAUAGACGCAGCUGUGUGUGUUUGGCGGGGAUUCAGCAAUAUUGCUGUUAUCAAAGUAGGGGGACGGGCAUUAGAGACGGUCAGUGAGGAUGUUUCACUGGAAUAA